GUCUCUCGUUGGUGCAUCAAUGCAUUUUGGAUGGUGCAUUUUUUCGACCAUAAAUGAAUCAAUCUUUAUCCCAAUCUUUGUGGGAGUGAUCCUGUGUGUACGUGCGUGUGGUGUGUGUGAGUGUGUACCCGAUGAUUGAAGUACCCCAGAGAAGAAGGCGAAACGGCAGUGGUGGACCAUCGAAACGGGCACGAAAUGAUGAAACUCGUUUCAUCACAAAGCGAUAAUGUACUCCCACUUUUUUGUUGUGUUGCUUGGUUCCAACGACAUUUCAUUUUCCAGAGUGUUUUCAAUUAUCGGAUCAGGGCUGCCCACUGCCUCUGCUGGAGUUAAAAAAACGGAGUAGAAGAAGUGGAUCGGGUGUGCGUGUUUUUUGUUGUUGCUGUUGUUGCAUGUUUUGCUGGUUACAACGUCGAGUCACUCUAAUCACCAACACCGACGGCAGUCGGUGAGUCUCGGCACAAUCGCGUUUAUGCGUGUGUUGCAUCUUUUCGGGAGGCGUGUGCAUAAGCGUAAGCCCUGCCGUGCGCGCGCGUGUGUGUGUGUUGCCUUCUUAAUUGUUUAUAGCAACAGAUAAGGCUUCCCUUAGCCCCGCGAGCCCUUCGCUGUGGUCGGGCUGUGGUUUGUGACACUGCGAUAGGAUGGGACAGAGGAAGCGGCAUUUGUGCCCUUCGAUGUUGAUGAACCCGUCGUCAAGUGCGUCGGUCCAUACUCCAUGAUAUAAUAGUUUCUUUACGAGCCAAGAUGUGCUCCCAUUAAAGACGUCCUCUUCUCAAGACGGCCGACAAUCAAGUAGGCGUGUACGCGUUUGCUUUCCUCCUCGAGACAGCCCAUCAUCACUACGUACAUUGUAGCGAUUCUGCGUCACCCACUAUCUGCCACGGCACGGAGAAGACAGCUGUUUUGCAGCGUAACAUAAUGCACCUUCUCCUGUCCAGUUCAUCGCCUCCUCGCUCGAUUGGCUAAGCGCACGCGAAAACAGCGAAAAGAGUGUGCUGCGCCCGAUGAAGUUGCCCUCGUCGCGCGUUCAAUAAUCGUAUCCAAUUACCACCGAAAAAAUAAUAGCUCAGACGUUUGCGUGUGUGUGUGUUUGUGUGCCGUGCGCGAGUGUACGUGUUUAGAUUGGCUUCCACGAGGAAGUAACUUUUUUUUUUGCUAGUAGAAACAGUGGCGACCUGUCGAGCCACUCACUAUCACGAUCGGCAACGAAAGUUGGCCAAAACGAGGAAACAUUCCAAACAAUUGCCAAGCCCGUGAAACGCAUCAACCUCGCAUGUCACUGACCCGUCCGUGACGGUCAACGGACGUCGCGCUGGUGGAACUGAUAUAGUUCUUCCAGUUUCGUCGCCGGCUGUAUGUACAACCCAAUUACGCUUCCCACGGCCGCUUAUGCUGGUUUGGCUUAUCAGCGUGUCUCCUCCGCAGCGCGACCAGGGCAGCAAAAACAGGUCACAGCAAUCCGCCGCUCAUCCAGGAAGGAGGGAGGGUCUCUGUUGCGGCUGAGACGGCGUAACUACGAUGGCUAACGCGACCGAAGCAGGCAUCGAUCUGGAAUGCUUUCUCGUGACCAAACACUCGUGGAAGGGCAAGUACAAGCGCAUUCUGUCCGUCGGGUCGACCGGCGUCUCGACCUACAAUCCGGACAAGUUCGACGUCACCAACCGGUGGCCGUACGGUGAAGUAAUCAGCGUACUGCCGAACCGGUCCGGGAAUACCGCGUACGAGUUUGUGCUGAACCUGAGGAAGGACAAAAAGAUCGACACGAUCAAGCUUUCGUCGGAAAAUCGGAACGAGAUACUAACCUCGUUGCUGAAAUACCACAAGGAGUUUGCCGAGAAACCGAAACAAACUCUGGAUGAUGUAGAAAGUCCUGUCGAGUCGUUCUAUUCGUCAUCUUUCCCAUCAGCUUCUUCAUUGCUCCAUUCCUCCUCCACACCCGCCGUCCGGGAAGAGCGCACCGGUGGCAAGGGGGUUGAGUGGACGUGGUGGUUAAAGACAAUUGUAGCAUCAUUUCUACCGCUGCCACCACCGGUUCUGCCAUGUUUGCCGUGCUGUACGGUGCUAAAAAAAUUCAAUGCCUACAAACAUCACUGGUCCGGCACGACGCUGCCCACCGUGCUGGAAGUGACGCCGGGCUCGCUGGAUCAGCUCGAUCCCACCACCAGCACGGUGCUGGCCAGCUACAACUACAAGGACAUCGAUGGCAUCAUCGGCAUACAGGACUACCCGAACGGGAUCGUGCUGGCGUACGGUGGCCACAGCCGGUUGCAUCUGUUUCGCGUGGAGAACAAUCACGAGAUCGUGCAGAUGAUCGUGCAGAACGCGCAGCAGUACCUGGGCAUCGAAAUCAAGGUGCUGAAGAAGCAAAUCUCGCUCGAACAGUUCGAGCAGCAGCGGUUCGGCGCGUACAGUGGCGACCAGCAUCAGACGUCCCUGUCGGAGUUCACCGUGCAGAAGGUAACACCGCGCCAUUCGGAACCGAUGCGCCGGAUUCUGUGCCUCACCGAUACGACCGUGCUCGAGCGCGACCCGCAAACGUACAGCAUCUGCACGCUGCGACCGCUUGACAACGUGUACGCGCUGGUCCGGCACGCGGACAACAUUCAGAAGUUUUCGAUCGAGUACAAGAACGGGCUGGUGCGGUCGUACAUUACGAACGAUCGCGACUCGCUGCUGGCCACGCUGCUGGAUGCGGUGCGGUCCUGCGGCAACCAGGAUGUGCACGUGCGCAUCUCGAACACGCCACGGGGUAAGCGGGUCGGUCCGCUGACGGUGAGCGUGGACGAGGAGACGGAGGCGAACCUGCUGCGCUACAUCAUCAGCAACUAUCAGUAUCCGGUGAAGCGUAUCGAUGUGAUGGAGCGAUUCAACGCUAACAUUCCGUACAGUGGGCUCAACUACAGUGUCACGCAGGAUAGUCUUUUUGCGGAAAGCAAGGAACGGCUGAUAACGGGCGCACUGCAGGCCCUGAUCGGCAGCAAGGAAGAUAACGCGCAGCUAAACAACGUCGAGCUGGAGGCAUCGUUCCACGUGCUGCGCCGGCUGCUGGCAAGUAAAGUGGGCUUCGCCGCAUUCACGAAUCUCCCCGGGUUCCGGGAAGCGAUCGGGCUGAAGGUGGUGCACGCCCUCAAGCGCAACGAUCUGGCUGUGACGUACGCUGCCAUCGAUAUGAUCAAUUCGCUGAUGCACUCCGACCACGAUCUGAAGCAGGAGCAGCUGAACAAGUCGUCGCUGCUGCACACGAAGGCCUUCCUCGAGCAGCUGCUGGACAUGUGGAGCAAGCACGUGAACCUGGGCAGCGGUGCGCUGGUACUGUCCGCAAUGUUGGACUUUCUUACGUUCGCGCUGUGCGUACCGUACAGCGAGACGACGGAUGGCAAGCAGUUCGAUUUGCUGCUCGAGAUGGUCGCUGCGCGGGGCCGUACGCUGUACAAGCUGUUUCAGCAUCCUUCGCUGGCGAUUGUAAAGGGCAGCGGGCUGGUAAUGCGAGCGCUGAUUGAGGAAGGCGAUACGGCCAUAUCGACGCAGAUGCAAACGUUAGCGCUGGACGAGGCGGCCCUCUGCCGGCACCUGCUGGUGGCACUAUACACACCGUCGAACGAUUCCACGAUGAUCACCCACCGUCAGCUGUCGCGGCAUCUGGUGGGCCUGUGGAUAACGGACAGUGAUGAAGCGAUGAAUCUUUUGAAGCGAAUUUUCCCCGCAGGCUUGCUAUCAUUUCUGGAAAGCGAAGAGGCCGUGCCGAAGGAAGAUGUCGAGGAGGACAAGCUAAACUUCCGCGACAAUCUGAAGCUGGCGGUACAACAUUCCGGCAACAAUAGCAAGCAGCGCCUGAACUACUUAAUCGAGAAGCAUCUCGAGGGCAUCAAGCACUGGGGCAUGAAUCUGCUCGACGUGCGCCAGGAGAAGUUGCAGCAGACGCAAAAGAAUCGCCCGAUCGUGCUGCGCAACCGACGCCAGAAGAAGAAGGUGGGCGAACAGGUGGUCAAUUUGCCGCUGUUUUUCUACCAGUUCGGGAAGAACCAUGCAAUGCCGAACCUGAUCUGGAACCACAAAACGCGCGAAGAGCUACGGUCGGCGCUGGAGAACGAGCUGCGCCAGUUCACCGCCGACAAGGAUCUGGCCGGAAGCAUGCUGGUGGCGUGGAACUACGACGAGUUUGAGGUGCAGUACCAGUGUCUGGCGGAUGAGAUUAAGAUAGGAGAUUAUUACAUUCGGUUGCUGCUGGAGCGGGACGAUUGGCCGCAGAAUUUGGUGAAAAAUCCCAUCGAACUGUUCAACGCGCUGUAUCGGAGGGUGUUGUGCCGGAAUCGAUUGAACGAUGAUCAGCUUACGGUGACCUCGCUGCAAGCGCUGGCCAAAGUGUACAAACGGUACUACGAGGAAAUUGGAUACUUCAGUGAUAUGCCGUACAUACUGCAAAUGUUAGAUAGGUGUCUUUCUCCAGCGCUCCGGGACGCACUGAUCAUACUGAUCAAGAAUCUAGUACUGCACAAAUCCAACUGUCGCCCGCUAACCGACCACGUCAACUAUCUGGUCGAUCUGAUCACCCUGGCCCACCUGCACAAAGGACGCGCAACACUGAACACCAAAACGAACGUGAUCGAGGCCGGUCCGAACAUGAAGCUGCACGAGGAGAAGGACUGGUACUACAAUGUGGAGCGCGAGAACGAAAAGCCGGAGCGCUGCGGUCCGGUGACGUUUUCCGAGCUGAAGGAGCUCUGGUCGAAGGGCGUGCUGACGCCCCGCACGCGCUGCUGGGCGGUCGGCAUGGACGGGUGGCGCUCGCUGCAACAAAUACCUCAGCUAAAGUGGUGCCUGAUGGCGAAGGGCACGCCGCUGUUUAACGAGACGGAGCUGGCCCAGCACGUGCUGGACAUACUGAACAAGUGCACCAGCUUCUUCCCGAGCCGGGCCCGGGACGGCGAGGCGGUCCUCAUCCCUGGCCCGCGGUUGUCGCGCAAGCUGUCCGAGUUCAUCUGUCUGCCGCACAUCGUGCAGGUGUGCCUGACGCACGAUCCGGGCCUGCUGGAGCGCGUGGCCACGCUGCUCUGUCAGAUCAUGGAGGACAAUCCGGAAAUGUCGAAGGUGUACCUGACGGGUGUGUUCUACUUCAUGCUGAUGUACACCGGCAGCAACAUUCUGCCGAUCGCUCGCUUCCUGAAGAUGACGCACAUGAAGGAGGCGUUCCGCAGCGAGGACAGCAACUCGCAGUCGGGCAUUAUGCAUCGUAGCAUUCUCGGGCAGCUGCUGCCGGAAGCGAUGAUCUGCUUCCUGGAGAAUCACAGUGCGGAAAAGUUUGCCGAAACGUUCCUGGGCGAGUUCGACACGCCGGAGGUGAUAUGGAGCUCGGAAAUGAGGCGCAUGCUGAUCGAAAAGAUUUCGGCGCAUAUUGCCGAUUUCACGCCGAAGCUGAAGGGACACACGAUGGCCCGGUACCCGUACCUGGCCAUACCGGUCAUCGGCUAUCCGCAGCUGGAGAAUGAACUGUUCUGUCACAUCUUCUACCUGCGGCAUCUGUGCGAUACGGCCAAGUUCCCCAACUGGCCCAUACCGGAUCCGGUGCAACUGUUAAAGCACACGCUCGAUGCUUGGCGCAAAGAGGUUGAGAAGAAGCCUUCGGAGAUGACUGUACAGCAGGCGUACCUCGAUUUGGACUUUGACGUGAGCAAAAACCCCCACCCAGAAGAGUCGGCCAUCCGGAAGGCUUACUACCGGCUGGCACAGAUGUACCAUCCGGACAAAAAUCCCAACGGCAGGGAAAUCUUCGAACGCGUUAACCGUGCGUACGAGUUUCUGUGCUCGCGCAACGCGCUCAACACGGACGGGCCGAACCCGAGCAACAUUGUGCUGAUACUGCGCACCCAGUCGAUCUUGUUCGAGCGCUACUCGGAGGAGCUGCGCCCGUACAAGUACGCCGGCUAUCCGCAGCUCAUCAAAACGAUCCGCCUGGAAACGAAAGACGAUCAGCUGUUCUCCAAAACGGUGCCGCUGCUGAGCGCUGCGUCCGAGCUGUGCUACCACACGGUACACUGUUCGGCCCUGAACGCCGAAGAGCUGCGGCGCGAGGAAGGCAUCGAGGCGCUGCUCGACGCGUACUCGCGCUGCGUGUCCAUCAUGGGCGUCGAUUCCAAGCGCGACUCGCUGCACUACGAGGUGAUCUCGAACAUUACGCGCUGCUUCGAUGUGGCCUGCUGCUUCGACAGCUGCCGCAAGAAGAUCCUCGAGCUGCCGCAGCUGAUCGCGGACGUGUGCCGGGUGGUGUACUUUAAGCACUCGCUCUCGGUCAGCCUCGUUACCAGCCUGGCGGUGAACAACGUGGAGCUGCAGUGCAAUCUCGUGCGCAACGGGGUCCUCUGGUCGCUGAUGCUGUUUCUGUUCGAUUACGACUUUACGCUCGAUGAGAGUGGCGUCACGUCGGAGGAGAAGUCGAACACACAGCAGGUAGCGAACAAUCUGGCCAAACUGUCGCUGCUCGCCUGCGUCGCACUGGCCGGCUACAGUAUGACACUACUGGACGAUCCCAAGUCGGCUGUACUGAGGGCGACAUCGGCAGCAGUGACCGGUUCUACCAAAUCCACCGCUAGCAACAGUCCCUCAGGUGGGCGAAGCGAUUCCCCGCUCACGGUAGCUACGCGGCAAACGAACCAAACGUACUCGCAGAACGCGUCCAACCUGAUACAGAACAACUCGAGCCUGAUCCAGUCGGUGGCCAACAUCGAUAAGGUACUGCAGGAAAGAAAAAACAGCGAUGCGGCGGCAGUGACCGGCGACGAAGCGGAACCACCGGCAGAAUGUGAAAAGGGUUUGCAGAACAAGAAGUACAAAAUCAGUGCGCUGCAGGCGCCGGCGAAUGCGGUGGUGAAGCAUAUCCUGGACCAGCUGCUAACACCGUACGUGGCGGGCAAGAUGGUGACGGACAGCGAGCAGCAAGUGCUGAAGAUGCUGAAUUCGAACACGCGCAACCCGUAUCUGAUAUGGGACAAUGGGACGCGGGCCCAGCUGACGGACUUUCUCGAGCAUCAGCGCACGGUCGCGUCGAAGGAGCAGUACGAAGACGUGUCGGAAAUACACGAGCUGGUGCAAGGUUUCUCGUACGAUGCGCAUCGCGACGAGCUUAAGAUUGGUGGAAUUUUCAUACGCGUGUACAACGAAAUGCCCACGUUUCCGAUAACGAACCCGAAAAGCUUCGUGAUCGAUCUGCUCGAGUUUCUCAAGCAGGGCUACAAUCACCUGCACGGAACGGCAGCUCCAUCGAACGCAAGUACCAAUCCGGUUCCCGCCAGCCAAGCGAUAACUGGUGGCAUCUUGGUCCCUACGAAAGCGUGGAAACCGAUGGUACCGGCACCUCCUCCGAAGCGUCCAGCCGGUUUGCAAUCGCCGGCCGCAACGACCCCCGGCAGCGAUAUCAGUGCCGUGCUCAGCGAGUACGCCCGCUCGAAGCAGCGUAACCAGCUGGAACGGACAGCCGGCAGUGUCGAUGGUGGUUCCGCGCAGCGGUACGAUUUCACCAACAAUCCGCACGCCGUCCGGCACCUGCUGAUGGCACUGCAGGCCCUCAUCUCCGUGAUCAAAUCGAACACCAACGUCGAAAUGCAGUGCAUCGGACACUUUGAAAUGCUGUUCGGGCUGCUCUCGACGAGCGAGUGCGGAGCGGACAAUUGCACGAUCAAAACGCUAGCGCUCGAGGUCGUCUGUCUGGUGUCGCGCAACAAAGAGUGCGUGACCGAGAUAGCGGCCUGCGAGAUCGUUGGCCGCUACUUGAUCGUGCUGAAGGAUCCGGACCUGCGCGAGCAUCAGCCGCGCGUGCUGGAAACUCUGUCCGGGCUGCUGAACGUGCCCAAGAUGAUCAAGGAGGCGCACACAAAGGGUGCGGUCGUCUAUCUGCUCGAUCUGUUCUGCAACUCCAACAACCCGGCGAUACGGGAACAGUGUGCCGAGCUGCUGGCGAAGAUGAACGCGGACAAGCUGAGCGGGCCAAAGGUGCGCAUCACGCUGUGCAAGUAUCUGCCGCCCGUCUUCCUGGACGCGAUGAUCGACUCCACCUCGGUCGCGGUGCAGAUGUACGAGUCGACGCACGAGCACCCGGAGCUGAUCUGGAACGACGAGAUCCGGGCGUGCGUGUCGGACGCGGUGCGCGACGCGGCGGACAGCUUCCACGUGCAGCAGCGGCGCAACGCCAAGGCGGCCUGGCGCGAUCCGGAGAUACUGCCCGAGCUGCUGUCGAGCGAGGUGGUCGUGUCGGGCGUGUACCUGCGCCUGUACGUGUCCAAUCCGGGCUGGACGCUGCGCAAACCGAAACAGUUCCUGGCCGACCUGCUGGACUUCAUCGUGGACAGUAUCAGCCGGAGCGGCAUGGACAGGGACGUGCUGGAUCUGGCCACGACCGCGCUGGUGCUGCUGCUGAACGCACAGCCCAACCUGGCCGACUCAGUACCGGUGCUGGGGCACAUACCGAAGUUUUUCCGCCAGCUUUCCGUUCAGCCAAAGAGUGCCCUCACAGUAUUGCAUCAGCUUUCCCUUUCGGAGAUCUGUGUCAGCGCAAUCUCCCAGACGGAAUGUAUACCGUCGUUGAAAUCUUGCAUGGAGCACCAUCGGGAUCUGACGUCGACGGCGUGCGAAACGUUGAGUCGAUUAUUCAAAUGUCAGCAUGAUUCACUGAUACGUCAAUCACUCGAGUGUCAAUUAAUUCCCUACCUGGUCGCGCUGCUCGACAGCCGGCUCGUGCUGGCGAACAAUCCGGCCAUGGUAAAGGCGCAGAUUGUUGCCACGCUGAAAGCGAUGAGCGCCAACCUCACGUACGGCGAUCGGGUCACGCAUCUGCUCAACCAGUACCCGAUCUGGGCGGAGUACCGUGACCAGAAGCACGAUCUCUUCAUAACCGAUACGGACGUACGCGGAUAUCUAAUGGGCGCACCGAACACGACCGCUGGCUAUUUGACGCAAGGGCCGGUAAAGAACGUCGAAGUGCUCACUUCGCCACCGCCCAUCGAUCGGGAUGAUCCACUGUUUGCGCGCAGCAACAGCAGUGGUGGGAGUGUGUAGUAGUACGCACACGUGCUACUCUACCUUACCGUGCACCCCGCGGGAGUAGUCCCAUUAUGUGUUAUUUGGGGUGUAAGCUAUUGUUUCGUUUUCUGCUCGUUGAAUCGUUUCCGUGGUGGGGCAAUGCUGUAUUGUAGUGUGUGCAUUAAGAUGUGAUGAAAAAGUGAGCCGUCGUUGCUACCACUCCGCUGCAGUAGCGAUGGCGCAAAUGGUCGUAUUUCAUUAAUGCGAAGUGUGUGUGUUUGUAGGAGGAAAGGAUACAACAACACAACACCCACACACUACUACCACCUAGCAAGUAACAAAACAGGGCAAACACUCAUUUCACACUUUAUUUAACCACUUCCCUCACCCCCGUUUUUAGUGUGUAGCUUAGCUUUUCCGUGUAUGCCCUCUCCUCUAAUUUUGUUGUAAUGUGAUAUUUUAUACUAGAAGAGAGAAAAAAGCUGAAAAUUAUAGAGAAAGCAACUACAGAAGAAAGAAAAAAACAACAAACAAACAAAGCAUAACAAAGUUCGCGCUAGUGCGACAACGAACGAAUGAACGUUGUAAAAUACGAUGCUCACGCCAUCAAAGCAGGCGAGAGCGCAAUACCGAAAAAUAAGCAAAUCAUUGCAUGUGACAACACACACACCGCGCGGUUCCAAGCAACAGGAAAUAAAAGAAAAACUCUGUAAAUCAACCUAAAUAUCCGCCAUCAAAAGC